AUGAACGCCAAGAACAACAUAUUUCAGAUCCUCCGAGAGGAAGAUAAGAUAAAGAGGAAGUCAAAGCAGCUGAAGGAGAGCCAGCAGAAGAAGGAAAAUGAGAAGAAGGAUAUUAGCACCUUUUCCUUCGAUAUAAGCAAGUACUCCUCCUGGGCCGACAUGGUGGACGAGUACGACGAGUUCUUCUACGAAGUGGAGAAGCUGAAGGAUCAGCAGAAGAACGGAGCAAAUAACAACAAGGAGAAGAAAAAGAAAAAAACGAAAAAAAAAAAAAAAGAGGACGAAUAUAGUGAUGAUAGUAGUGAGGAAGACAAAGAGGACGCCGACCAACCCACGCAGGGAAACAUCCCCGAAAAGGAAAAAAAAAACAACAAAUCUUCGAGCACUCCUAAUGCAAAGAAGAAGCAGAAUGGAAGUGCCAAUGGGAUUAACAAUCUAGCUAAACAAAAACAAAUGGAGAAAAAAAAAAAAUACAAAAAGGAAAGAGAAAAAAAUAAACUGGAAAAUAUCUUACUUGAAUUUACAAGCACAUAUAAUCCCAGCGCGGAAAAGGAAGUGCAGGAUGGGGAGGAGCUCCCAAAUGGAGUUGAUUCAGUUAAGAUUACUGUACCAGGGGAUGCCAAUGGAGGAGGAGGGGCUACGCCUACAGGACGAGGGGAUAAUGAAGACAAGCUAAAGAAAAAGGAGAAGAAGAAAAAAAAAGACAAGAAGAAAAAGGAAAAGAAAAAGCAGGAAGAACUGAACGAUUCACUCAAGAGGGAGGAGCUGGGUGUGACUACCCCUGGAGAGAAGGUUGACGAGGGGGCCAACGGCGAGGCAGGAACACCCCACCAGAAGGAAAAAACCCCCAUCCCCGUGAACGAAAAAUUAAAAAUGCUGCUCAGCAUGACGUCGAAGAAAAAAAAAAAACGAGAGAAAAUCGACGACAUUAUUGCCAUUGUGGAGAGAGAGGAAAAUAUAAAAAAAAAACAGCAGGAAAAAAUUAAGCAGAAGGAGAAGCAAAAGUUAAAGAUGCUCCAGAAGUCGAUGCAGUGA